AUGGGGGGGCCCGGGCAGUCCGACAUUGAGCCUCGGAAGACCGUUGCCAACCCCUUCGGUGGGGUCCUCGGGCCCAGUGGCGGCGUCAGCGUCGCAGAUGGCGGCGAGCGCGGCGACCGCGGGGUCUACGACUGGCUGUGCGAUGUAGGCAUGCAGGCCGACCAGGCGGCCACCGACGACAGCGCGCCGUUCCCCCGGGUACUUGCCGCGCGGGAGACACGCGUCAAGUUGCCCGCGGCAGGGGGGCAGGCCCUCGGCUGGGCUGACGACCGCAGCGCCUCGGAAGGAGUGCGCGCGGGGAUCCAGAAGCAGAUGUGGGCGAUGGUGACGCAGCUACCCAGGCCCCCGUGUCAGUUUCGCCACAGCAUCAGGGAGUGGUCUGACAUUUCGGAGAUGCGACGCGGAACGGUUCGCGACGUCCCCAAGGAAGGGCGGCGCCAGCGCAUCGGCAGGACCAUGGGCCCCCAGACCUCCGAGGGCUCGGGCGGCUGGGGCUCCGGGGGGCUUCCGAGGGGGAUCUCGGUGGGCCUCCGCGCGCGCUCGUUCCCGGGCGGGGCCGGAGUCGACCCGCGGGUGAUCUCCGCGGGCUUUGCAGCGCACCGGUGGGCGACGGCCGCCCGGGCCACGGGGGGAGGGGGCCCACCAGCUGACGUGGGGAACGCCUGGGCGCCGAUGUCGCCGCGGGAGCUUCGCGCCGACAUCGGCGCAGCACUCAGCGCGGCCCGCGCGAGGCCUGCCCUGGACUGGAAGCUCGUCGAGGCCAACGACACGAAGGCGCGCUGCGGCACCGCGGGCGCCCAUGGCGGAAACACCACGCCGCGGGAACAGCGCCGGACAGACGCGACCGACGAGUUUGCUCAGCAGGGCGGCCUCUGUUUGCAGGGGCAGCUUCGGGGCCUCGGAGCGAGGCAGUGGCCGCUGCAGGAGGCCGGCGCGCAGGGCCCGCUCGUCGGCGCGCCGGCCGCAGAAGAGGUGGCCAUGACGACGCUUGACCACAUUUUCGGCGAGUACUUGGCGGUGAACGGCUCCGCGCCCGCGCUGGCCGUGGACGUGCUCAAGCUGGACGUUGAGGGUUACGAGAUGGGCGCGCUGCGGGGGGCUGAGGGGUUGCUGUCGCAGGGGCUCGUGCACUACUUGGUCGUCGAGUUUCACCCGGGGAUGCUCGGCACCACCGGCACCGAUCCCCAGGGCCUGCUGGAGUUCCUGCAGCACUACUGCUUCGUGUGCCACUCCCUCAAGAUCGAUCGCCCCCACACCUUCUCGGACUUUGUUGGGCGAUACACUGCCAGCGCUGAUGUUCUACCCACGCAGGGCCUAG